AUGUAUCUUUCUAAAUAUUUUACAAUUCUCGAUUGGAAUAGAAAAAUUGGAUUGGCCUUGGAUAUUACGAAUGGAUUACAUUAUUUACAUAAAGAAAAUAUUUUGCAUCGAGACCUUCAUUCUAGAAACAUUGUAAUACAUCAAGGAAAAGCAAAAAUUACGGAUUUUGGUAAUUCAAAAAGCAUGAACACUAUAACCAGUAUACAUUAUAGCUUAUUUGGUAAUAUUCCAUACGUUGCUCCGGAAAUUCUAAAGGCAUGUAAAACCGAACGAGAUCCUUAUACUGAUAUAUAUAGUUUAGGGGUUAUUUUAUGGGAGAUAUCAAGUGGUAAACCUCCUUUUGAAGGUAGUUGUGAUUAUGCAAUAUGUACAACUAUAUUAAUAGGAGAUAGAAAAAAAAAGAGUACCAGAUACAAUAGUAAAUGUUGGGAUGUAAAACCUAAGAAAAGACAUGAUAUUGAAGAUUUUUAUGAGAAAUUAGAAAA